GUAAAACGUUUCCUUCUAAUUCCAUUGUCAUUCAUUUUAUCUCCGGCCUGAGCGCUACAGAAAAGGAUACAUACUCUUUCUACCAUAUGCUAUAUCUUUGUGUUAGAUUCAUGUUUUGACGGAAUGUUGGUGGAGCGCUGCGUCUCCAACAGCACCUUGGAGAGGCGGCUGGGAAUAGACAUGAUAAAUAUUUUGCGUCCCUGCCUUAGGACAAAGUGGGCAUUGCUUAUCACAGGGCGGCAUCAGCGCUCACCUAAAAAGCCCAUAUGCCACUGGUUGAGAUAAACUGUCAUUGAUUUUGGGCAGAAUUAUGUGAGGUUUUAUCUGUUGUUGAAGGUACGUCUUUGUCAGUUUAGCUCAGAAAAUUCUGUCCUCGUCAAUCUGCCGCCAUAGACGACUGCCUGCUGCCUAGUUAAUCAAAUGAGCAGUAGACUCGUGGCAAAACUCCUCCAUCAGUAUGACGCGUUAUUCCGGCGACUACCACCCCGAAGCAACAUGGAAGCCCACAGUGGUGACAAGCGUGGUCUUGAGCAUUUAGACGAAUAUGAACCCAAACCAGCAAAACAUAUGCGUAGCCUGCACGACCGCAUGUCGGAAAGGCGACUAGUAGUUAUUUUAGAGGGGGCAACGCUGGAAACAGUGAAGGUUGGAAAGACAUUUGAACUGCUGAACUGUGACCAACACAAGGGCAUGAUCAUCAAAAGUGGACGGGACCCUGGGAAGAUUCGACCUGACAUUACACAUCAGUGUUUGUUGAUGCUGAUGGACAGUCCAUUGAACAGGGCAGGUCUCCUGCAGGUUUACAUCCACACAGAGAGGAACGCCUUGAUUGAGAUCAACCCACAGACACGCAUCCCCCGAACCUUCAACCGCUUCUGUGGCCUCAUGGUCCAGCUCCUGCACAAGCUGAGUGUGAGGGCGGCUGACGGCCCCCAGCGCCUGCUGAAGCUCAUCAAGAACCCUGUGUCAGACCACCUGCCCCCUGGCUGCCCCCGUAUUUGUACCUCCUUCUCCUCUGGGGAGGCAGUGGGCGCCCGUACCGUGGUACCAGAGGAGGGGCCUGCCACUGUGGUGGUCGGAGCAUUUGCACACGGAGCGGUGAAUGUGGACUACACAGAGAAGACUGUUUCCAUCAGUAACUACCCUCUCUCUGCUGCCCUCACCUGUGCCAAGAUGUGCUCUGCCUUUGAGGAGGUCUGGGGUGUGUUGUGAUGAAGUUGACAGCGCACUGCUGCUCCAGCUAAAACUGUUGUCAACAUGGACUAGAACUGGAUCGGACAGUCGCUUUCAGUCAAACAUUGUACAGAAACGGUCCACUUCACCAAUUACCUCCUGUGGAUUCGUAUGAUUCUAUGGGUGUAUGUAUUGUGUGUAAAAUAUGGUAUCUUACAUUUCUGAACUUAGGCAAAGUUUCAAUAUGAAAUGAAUACUGUUUUGAAUACACCAUCUGUAAGGACUUGGCACCAAAUAUGGACUUCCUACUAGUUUAAAAAAUAUAUAUAUAUAUUUUUUUUUUUACAUGUAUCCAGUGCAUCAUUGUUCCCAUGGUUAUACAGUGGAAAUAAAUGGUACAGUUUGUC